GAACGAGCCACUUUCCGUUCCGCUUGGGCAUUGUUGUUUUGGGAGCUGUCCAGUUCCGUGGAGCUGCCAAAGCUUGACAACGACGAAGGGUACAACUGUGGAAAUUAUAGAAAACCGACAGCUGAAAACUUGGAGCAGGACAUUAUCGUUAUUACGGUGUGCAGCCCCCAGCCCGGAUCUGUCCUCCCUGACCGGGCUCCAGACUCGCCCCCGCGUGGCUCCAUGGCAGGUCAGGGGGCCACGGCACGGGCCAGCGGUGCUGCGGCGGCCAGUAAGAUCUGCCAGUUCAAGCUGGUGCUCCUGGGGGAGUCGGCAGUGGGCAAGUCCAGCCUGGUGCUGCGCUUCGUCAAGGGCCAGUUCCACGAGCACCAAGAGAGCACCAUCGGAGCUGCCUUCCUCACACAGACGGUCUGCUUGGAUGACACGACGGUAAAGUUUGAGAUCUGGGACACCGCGGGACAGGAGCGAUACCACAGCCUGGCACCCAUGUACUACAGAGGGGCUCAGGCGGCCAUCGUGGUCUACGACAUCACUAACGCAGAUACUUUCACACGGGCGAAGAACUGGGUGAAGGAGCUACAGCAACAGGCCAGCCCCAGCAUUGUCAUUGCGCUGGCAGGGAACAAGGCUGAUCUCGCCAGCAACAGAGCGGUGGACUUCCAGGAAGCACAAGCAUACACCGAUGACAACAGUCUACUCUUUAUGGAGACCUCAGCCAAGACUGCCAUGAACGUCAACGACAUCUUUAUGGCUAUAGCUAAGAAGCUGCCGAAGAGCGAAGUGCAGAGCGGGGGCGGGGCUGGAGGCCGGACCAGGGUGGGGGUGGACCUGCAGGAUUCCACCCCCCAGAGCAGGAGCAGACAGUGCUGCAGCGGUAGAACCUAACACUGCCAUACUCUCAGCAGCGAGCCACCACAACCCAGCAGCAGCCAACUGACCGACUGACUGACCAACUUUCCGACCGCCCGCCCGACCGCCCGACCGACCGCCUAACUGACCGACUGACCACCUGACUGACCGACCGACUGCCUCACCAACCUCCCCACUAACCACCCGACCGAUCACCCGACCGACCGACCGACCGACCGAUACUCUGCUCACCAGACACAGACUGACAAAACAACCAAGCAGUACCCAACACCAAGUGAUAAAACAUCUGACUAAUACCAAAUACCAACUAAUACCCAACCGACUAAUACUCAAUACCGGACUAGUAUCCAGCACUGACUGAAAAAACGACUGACCGUGCAGUUGAGUACUCCAAGCUUCUGGGUGGCUCAUUUGGUUAAGGCACCACACUGUGGUGGAUGGAUGAGCCUCACUGCCUCGGAUGGAUUCUGGACUGUGUCAGUGCCGACUGUGGCCAAUAGCUCUGUAGGGCGAUGCGCAAUUCACGAUUGAGUCACACAGGGUAAUAUGGACGGGUUCAGUCGGUUAGGGGUCCGCGCUUCAGUGCUGUCUAGUGACCCCUACUGGUCAGAUAAGGGUGCCCGUAGACAGCAUGUCAAAGCUGCAUAUGACAAGUCUUCCUCUGACUCCACUCUCCGUGAGCUUAUAUGCAGUCUGUGGUGUGAAAAGAAGUUGUGACUCCGCGUAUUUCAGGGGAGAACCGCGGGUGUCUAUCCUCUCCCAAGCUGGCUGUGGGGUUCGCGCAGGGCCGUGGUUAAGGUUGUAGAUGAUUAGAAAUUCCAAAUUAGGGUGGGAAUUGGAUAUAUACAUCCCUACAUUGGGUGAUAUAUUUAUUUAAAAACAAAAAAUUAUCAAACUGCCUGACUUAGUUGUCCCUUGAAUACAUACCACCUCCAAGGCAAAAGCAGAGGACAAAAUGGGGAUCACUUCUGACCAGUUACACAAUCACACUUAGUUAAUUGACCAAUCACACUUAGUUAACUGACCAAUCACGCAAUCAUACUUCGUUAACCGACCAAUCACACUUAGCUGAUCCCACUGCUCCCUCUUUCUUAAAUUCAAAAAGUUAAGUUACUUUUUAAAUACCCUGUUUUGCUGGUGGGUGCUUAUAGCAAUUUUUAUUAAUUGUUAUGUUUUUUCCCUUGCAUAUACAGUAUAGAUAAUAAUAAUAAUAAUAAUAAUAAUAAUAAUAAAUAUUGUUGUUAUUAUUAUAAAUGAUAAAUUAUUAAUAUAUAAAUGUUACUGUUCAGGCACAAGCAAAGCAGAAUCAUUUAAUAGCUGUAGUUACCAAUCAGUGAUAUAGCUAUAGCAUACAAGAUAUGGUUUCCACACAGCUAUAUGCAGGAUGCAUUAACAUUAUUACACAGAUCAUUUUUAGCAUUAAUGUAAUUUAAGAUUUUUUAAAUCUGAGAUACAAUGAUGGAGUUUAACAAGAAAAGUUUUUUUCUCUCCUGACCAAAAUCACAGUUGCAAAUAUUGAAAAAAUGCAAAUGAAUUUUUUUUCAUACAUGUAACCAGCCAGUACUUAUUGUCCAUACCGUACCUUCCCAAAAUACCCUAUUUUGUCUCACCCUCUCACCCAUUCUAUUGAAGAAUGGAAUUUUUUAAAAUGUGAUUAUUUUGAUAUUUAGUUUUGAAUACACCUCGGGUAUUUAGUGCACUGAUACUCUCAGUCACCUCUUGUGACUUUUCAGAUCUUAGCCUUUUUAUCGGUCAAACUUCACGGCUCUCUGUCAUUAACUGGAUAAUUCACUUCAAUAAGUAACAGCAUUCCGGGUAUGUCUUGCACUAUUUGAAAUCAGUAAUAACAAUGAAAAUGAAAUAUGUGAGAAGGUGUAAGUAACUCAUAGUUAAGGAUCGUGAACAUUGUUGUUAAAUUGAGAAGGUCCUUUUUCUAUUAUGCUUUUUUUUUUUCUUUUUUUUUAAUCAUUGAGAUUAUUAUUUCGACCAGUGUCGUUGUCCUCACUAAAGACAUUAACAACUAUUGCAGCAAAUCAUGGAGUAGUAUCAUAUGUUCAGUGGGAAAUACAAUGGGUUAACAUGCACUCUGGCUCAGCUCUGGGGGUAGUAGUCCAGUGUAAAGGAAUGGGUAGGACAGGGAUGAAAAAUCUGCAAUUUUACAAAUAAAUGUGGGGAUUCAAUUCUG